AUGUUUGAAACCGCAACUCUUUGGAUGCAGCAAGAAUCAGAGUUAAACAACUAUUUUAUCUCAGAAAAACUUAUCUCUAUAGCCCUAGAGCCAACAGACAGCACAUUUGAGUUGUCCUGGACUGACUACUACUCUGAAAGUGGGUUUGAUAAAAUUGAAAAAGGAGAAUUGAAGGGGGAUGAAGAAAUCAAAGAGGGUGCUUCUACUCUAUCUAAUUUCAAGAACAUACACAUCACUAUAUUCGGGACUUACAUUAAAUUCGCUGAAAAGAAGGACAUACACUACUCUUUCCAGCCUGCUCAGAUUUAUAAAUAACAGCGACUCUGAGAAAGUUGCAGUAGAUUCCUUGAAGGAGAAAUUCUUUGGAGAAAUUAUCAAACAGGAGGAUGAUAAGUCGAAGCAUAUUCUGAAGAUAAAAAUCCCGCUCGAAGUUGACGAGAAGUUCUUAUCUCUUGAGCCUCAUUCCUAACAGCUAAAAUUCUUUCAACUUUAUAAUAAA